AAAUCAAAAUAGUCCACCCGGCCUAAUCUAUCCCACAUCCCUGUAGGCAUCAGACAGGUGGCAAAAUGGCGUCGUGCUCUAGUACACAGAACCACCUGUUGGGUGAGGUUUAUUGUCAUACAAAUGAGAGUGAAAGAGUGUAGGAGAGGGUGGAGUCUGCUCCUGAUGGCUGCCUGCGAGUCGUUCUACUUGUUCCACCUGACACCCCCCCCACCACCACCACCACACACACACACACACACACACACACACACACACACACACACACACACACACUCCCAGCGCUCCCUUGGGUGUCAGCUGAUGAGGGAACGGCAGGCCACAGGACUCCUGCCUGCCCGUCUGUCUGUGCUCAAUCAGUAGUUACCCCUGUUCACAGAUAAAGAAGGAAGCAGGAACCCGUCACUACUGAAUGCAGCAUGGGGUCUGACGAGUCGUACAAUUUUGUCUUCAAGGUGGUGUUGAUAGGGGAGUCUGGCGUAGGAAAGAGCAACCUUCUGGGUCGCUUCACUAAGAACGAGUUCAAUCACGACAGUCGCACCACCAUUGGCGUCGAGUUCAGCACGCGGACUGUUCAGCUGGACAACUUCACCAUCAAAGCCCAAAUCUGGGACACAGCGGGGCUGGAGCGCUACAGGGCUAUCACCUCAGCGUAUUACAGGGGAGCAGUUGGAGCACUUUUGGUCUACGACAUCAGCAAGCAUCUGACCUAUGAGAGCGCAGAGCGAUGGUUGAAGGAGCUGUACGACCAUGCAGAUCCUCACAUUGUGGUCAUGCUGGUGGGAAACAAGAGCGACCUGGAGACAAUCAGGACUGUGCCCAUGGAGGAGGCCAAGGACUUUGCAGAGAAGAAUGGUCUCAUGUAUAUGGAGACAUCAGCGUUGGACUCCACCAAUGUAGAAGCUGCUUUCAGUGAAGUCCUCACAGCCAUCCACAAGAAGGUGGCCAGCAGGGAGGUGACCCGUGGCUCCAUCAGCGCUGUAACCCUGUCCAACUCCAUCGGACCCAGCAGUGAGGCGCAAGAGGAGCGCAGAGGCUGCUGCAAGAACUCCUAACAGACUGCCCUGUCCACGUUGAUCCACCUUGACUGUCGUUCAAGCUUAAGCAUGACAUCAUUCACUCCCAAUUUUGAAGAGCGAGUUACCUGCUUCACACUGGAGCAGUUAAUGUACAGACCUCUUUAAAUAUAAAAGCUGUAUAGUAUAUAACUCAAUAACAAAAUAUUUUAUACAUUUUACUUUUUGUGGUGGCAAAUGGGUGCUUUUUUACUAUAGAUAGCUGUGCAUUUAUUUUCCUUUAUAUUCAUGUUUUUAAAGAGCCGUUGUAAAUUGGA